AAUAAUAUACUCAUAUUUCAAUUUCAAAAUAAUAAGCUUUGAAUUAUACAUAUACAAUGCAAAGACUCAAUGGCAGCUAAGACAAAAGAAAUAACAAAUGUCCAGCUUUCAGAUUUCUUUUCUGCAGUUAGAUCAGGCAACUGUAGCAAGGUAAGACUAAGACUGUUAUUGUUAUAUUUUUUAUUAGUAUUAGUAACAUAAAUUAUAGUAUACUAUUUAGGCUCCAGAUUUUUAAACAAUCUUGAUCCUUUUCUGUUAAAAGCGACAUUAUCGGAAUUUUGAUGAGUCAUGAGCUUUCCACAUCAAAUGAAAUUUCUUAAUAUCUUUCCUCUUGAAACCCAGGUGAAGAGCCUAUUAAAGAAAAAGGAGGUUAAAAUCAAUGCCACUGACCCAACAGACCCAUCAUGUCCAACAGCACUCAUCAUUGCCAGCCAGUUAGAGCUCAUUGAAAUGGUUAAGGUUUUAAUGAGAGCCAAACCCACCUCUGCAGAUGUUAAUGCUGAGACCAAGUCAGGUCGGAGAGCUAUAUGGUUAGAAGUUUUCUGUUGAGGAAUUUUAUGAUCAGUGUGAUGAACAGAUUAUUUCCUUCAUUAUUUCCCUCAAAAAAAUGUCCAACUACCCAAUUCCCUACCCACGAAUAUUCCUCUUUUCUGUGUGUGUUAACUGCAAGUGCAUCAGGGGUGUAAAACUGAAAGAAAAGUAUUUUGGUGGUCCAGAUUUCAAUGAAUUACAAUAAAAACAUUUUAUAAUUAAAAAAGAGGAAUUCUUAGUCUAAGGAAAUCGAACAACAUCUUUUAUCUCAAUGUUUUGAAUAGGCUCGCUACUUAAAUUAACAGGUGGUGGCAUCUUUGAUAAUGCCACCUCAGGAAUCUUUAGUUCAUAUUUGCAUUAUUUACUAAAAUUUGUUUGUCUUAAAACACAUCAAAAGAGGUUUACAAUAUGUAAAUGCUGCCUCAAGAUUAUACAUUUAUUUUGUUAGACUUGUAGACCUAUUGUUUAAAAUACUGUUAUUUAGUCCUCCAACAUAUUCCAAAAACCAGAUUGCCUAGUUCGUUUGUUUAUCAGCUACGUUGACAAUGAAUCAUGUUUAUGAAAUUAAAAAAAUAAUAAUUUAUAUAAAACAUUUAAAAGUAACAACAAUUUCAAAGUGUAAUUACAACAAAAAUGUUAAACUUUUCAUAUGUCUGAGGAAGUUUUUAUUUUUAUUAUAUAAACCCUAAAGCCAAUUCGACAAUGGAAUAUAAUAAUAAACAUAAUAUAUUUAAAUCUUUGGAAUAAAUUAUUGACUUAUGGAUGGAACCCACCACCAUAAAUAAAGUAAUAGGCCUAUCAAAGUAUCAACAUAAAACUUAUUGUUCCAUUGCUAUAGGUCAGUAUUUCCUCCUUUUUAAUUAUAAAAUAUGUAUUUCAUUGAAUUCUGUCCCGCCAAUAUAAUUUUCAUCUUGUUUAACACCACUGAUGCCUUUGCAGCUAACAAAUAAAAUAAAAUGUGAAGAAUAUUUCCAUUGUGCAGAGUCAUCUCUCAGAAAGGAAUUUGCCCUGUGGGGGAGUUUUCUGUGUGUUGAAAUUUCAUGUGGGGAAUUUUCUUAUGGGUAAAAAACCAUAAAACCGAUAAGUGUAUACAUCAAAUUAUACAUCAACUGCUUAAAGUGACAAAGAAAUACAUUUAUUAUGGUGACUAUAUUUGUAAAAAAAAGUGAAUUUGACUUAAAUGUCUCUUAAUGACUUGCAGUUGACUUCAUUGACAUCCAUUUCAAUAACAGACACUUUCUCACUGUCACUUGCUCAACUACUACACUUCAUUACACUUCUUUGACAGAUAUUUCAAGGACUGACAUUUUUACCAACAGGGACACUCUGUCGACAAAAUUAUUUUCAUCGACAAUAACUGGAUAUGAUGAAGUUUAUGUCGAUCAAGUUUUGUCUGUCAUUGAAGGGUCUGUCCUUGAAGUGUCAUGGAAACACACCCCCCCCCCUCUUCCACCCAAAAAUCGAAAGUAACCUUGCAUUUAAAGAAAGUAAUAACCUGUAAAUAAAUAAUGCAGUAAUUUAUUAUAAAUUUUGUUGAAUUCCUCUUAAUGGUAACAAGUUAAUUAAUACAAGUAAUUUAAUUUUUAACACAAUCCUUCAUGAUUCUCUUGAACUUAUCUUCAUUUAAUGGUAUUUAAUUCUAUGCAUCUAUCAAACUGUUUUUCCUCUUUAUGACAAUGGCUGACUCACAGUGGUUCAAACCUAUUUUUAAAAAAACAUUUUUUGUGUGCAGGUGGCCAGCAAAAAAUGGCAAUGUGGAGCUUGCCAAAGUGAUUUUAGGAGAUAAGAAAUGUGAAAUCAAUUACAUUGAUAAAGAGACAGGUAAGUAAAAUAGAACUUGAGGAGAUUUAAAUAUCUGAUCUUUAAUUGUGAUAAUAUGUACACAAAUAUUAUUUUUUUAUUCAAUGCCCCCCAUAAAAAGUAAUUUUAUCAAAAUGUGUUUAUUAAUAGAAUAGAAUUGAAAAAUAUUAAAUCUAAAACCUGGGAACAAAAGUAUAUCAACACAUUUCUGUUAAAGCUAACAAUAAAAAUUUCUGUUUAAAAUUUUGUGUUUAUCUCUUUUAAGGCUGUUCACCGUUGUACAGGGCCAUCACCUCCAACUCCGUAGAAGUAGCAACAGAACUUGUGCAUGCUGGUGCUGACGUUAACAUCAGAAGACUGGGAUAUGAUGUUGGAGCUGAAACACCUCUUAUCAAGUAAACAAGUAUUUUAUAGAUUUACUUUGAAAAAAUAUUUUAAUUUAACCUUUUUCCUACAUAAAUCCUAGGUUCCACAACUCAAUCACUGUUAUAGAUUUUUACUCAAUGUCUGUGGAACCAAAUAACUCAUCUAAAUGAUGGAUGAACAGGUGUGGAGAUGCCCCCUUUUACACUGACACAGUCAAGGAAAGGGUUCUACAACUCAACCUUAUGGCUGCCAAAAUACGGAAGAUUUGAUGACCCAAGGGUUAUAUGAUUCAUUCUCUUGUAAGGUUGAGCCUAAACUUUCAUAUACACAUCACUGGCAAACCUCAUCAAGUGGGCGUCACCGUAAAUUAAAUGAUUAAUAGCACAGGUUCCAGAGUUUGACCUGUCAAAACCACCUUGGGUAUUGGGCACUCUCCAAUUAGGUGUUCUAUUUCAGGGACCAGGUUGUAGAGUCAGAAGUUAGGGUCUCAACAUGAGUCAAGGCUAUGUUGGUAGCUUUGUAUCAGGCAGUGCUCGGUUUGCAUAUGCAUAAUUGAGCUAGUUUCCACCAGGGGUCACUCUUACUCUGUCACCGUGUGAUUCGGUAUAGCUUUCUAGCCAUGUCACCUACCAACCAGCGGUUGAGCCACUCUUCAUGAAAGUGGUCUUUUAGCCAGACUUUGACUCCCAUUUGUGUCAUGGGCCAAUUGGGUUGCAUCUGAGUUGCACUUUAGGGCAUAAUCUACUCUCUCUUUCUGCAUCACCUCGAUGUGACUAGUGACCCAUUGAAAGGUUUCCACACCAUCAUGUGCAUGGAUGUCAUCUACUGUUUCCAGGAUAGCUUGAACCAUUGUCUACUCCAGCUCCUUUCCACAGCUUCUUCCCACAGUUUUUUUAGCAAACUGUGAGUCAGCGAAGACCACAAUGGUCAGGAUGCUUUUUCUCUUUGCUAGGCGAAGGCGCACUUGUUUUAGUGCAACCAAAAUUGUAGUUUUGUUCUAUUUUUCCUCUGGGCCCUGCAAUCUCACUUGAUGGAGGUAGGUACUCUCUCCCUCCUGGGUACUCUAUGAUUGAACCAUAUCUGGCUCGGUUCUCGCUUGCAAAACACGAGCCAUCAAUAAAAACUUAAACCACUUUGGUCUGUGAAGGCUACAAUCAUGCUCAUGGCCUUCUCUUUCUGGGCAUCCUAAGGGCUGACUUUGUCACUGCUGCAUUUUCCAGUGACAGACAUACAUCUGAAAGAUGAAAGCAUUCAUGUGGACCCCGUUUUGAGAUCAGACACAUUUUUUCCUUGAUCUUGAGUAUGCGCUUGUUUUUCUCCAAUAGUACCUCUCACACUCCCAAGAUAAAGAGCUCUUAGAAGAAGACUCUCAGUUAGUGCAUGCCAGUUUCUUCACCAGGCACAGUUUCAUUGUGGCUUUGGCGCACGGUUGACGUAUAAUAAUAUGGUUGUGUAGCUUGACUUUCUGGUCCCUCUUCACUCUCAAAUAGAUUGGUGUCUUAUCCCAAUUGAGUCUUUUCCCACUGAUAGUUAAUUUUACUUCCUGCUUAAGUGCAUUCCUGCCAUUCAUGGAGUGAACAACCAUAUGGCUUACACCCAAGAGUCAUAGUACAUCUGUCUCCAUAUAUCAUUAUUAAAAAAAAAUUCUCUUUACAAAUUUUGUAACCAAUAAAUAUGUGGUUUUCAGUAAGAAUAAGAUGGCCGUGGGUGUGAGUCCACUGGUUUUGAAGCUGUCCACCAACAUGUAAUUUCUUAACAUCAGAUGGUUGAGCCUUCUUUGGGCAAAUAUUUUUUUUAAAUGCCAAUGCCAGGUGUCUAUAAACUUUGUAACGUAUUUAUUUAUAUUUGCAGUUUAUUAUCUUCACUUUUUAUUCCAGAUCAGUACAAAUGAACAACAUUGACAUAAGCAGGCUGCUGAUAAACUCAUUGUGCAAUAUUCAAGCCAAAACAGAUGAUGGAUUAAAUGCAUUACAUUUUGCUGUGGCAUAUAGGUAACAUAUGAGAAACUCAGUACCACAAUGUGCAAUGUGUUGGUUGAGAUUUUAGAAAAACACCAGCAAAAAUGGUAAUUUAAUACAGUUGAAAUAAAAGAAAUUUUAUAUCAUAACCAUUUUUUAAAAAAGAAUAUAGAAAAAGAAAAUCUGGCUACAUGGCAAUUUCAUGGAUAAAACUCAAAGAAAAUUAUAAGUAGGAAAAUUUCAAAUGACAAGAUCAGUUUUAAAGAAAUUUUAUUUUGUUGUCUAAGAAUUUCUCAAUAUCGAUUCAGAGUCAUAUGAGUAAUAAAAAAAUGAUAAUUGUAAUACUGAGACAAUUCAUAAAGCCCAUUGAAUUACAUUUUAAAAUGUAUAUUUCUAUGUCAGGUCAUAGUCUUGCAGUCAGCAUUUUCAAUUCCUUUCCUAUUAAAAUUAUUAUACACACUAGAUCUAGUGAAACCAGAAAUACAAUAACAGGAAGGAAAAUAUCUAGAAAAAUUAACUUUCUGGUCAAACCAGAUGUCUUUUCAAAUUGAAAUUGUUAUGGGACACCCCCAUCUCUUUUUUCCCUUUCCCCCCCCGCUUAUCCAUUUCAAUGUGUAUAAAUAAUAUACACUAUAAAUAAUUAACCAGGCGCUAUGAGAUUACUGAACUGCUGCUGGAAAGCAAGGUAAAAGUGAAUGCCAAAAGCAAGCAUGGUGUCACAGCUAUGACAGUUGCUAUUGAACAACAUAGCCCAUACAUGGUACGUCUGCUGAUCCAGUUUGGUUACAAUCUUGAUAGGCCUUAUAGGUAUGAAAAUACGUCUGUGUUGUUGUUUUCACAUUCGAUUCUCUUGUUUUUACUAUUUCUAACUUCCUCUGCAUCAGUGCAGUCCCUUGUAGUGGUUCAUAGUUAGGGUCAUAAUUAUCAAUGUUCUUUUAAAAUAUAGCAAUAAAGGGGAAAUAAAUGAAUUGCUAAUGUCACAACAAAUAUCCCAGUGCAGUGGUACUCAACCAGUUCUCUGCUCUGUGGAGCCCUAAAGGCCUCUUCCCAGGGGCUCCGUAGUGGCUCCAGAAAAUAAAAAAUAAAUUAAACUUUAAAGAAAAAGGUUAGGCCUUAGGGACUCCUCCAUAGAAAUUGAUUCUAAAAGGUUGGGUACCACUGUCUUAGUGUACUGAGUGGAUUUAAAAUGUGUAAAUUUUCUCACCAUGUUUGACUCAAAAAAUAUAAAUAAAUUGUAUAUCUAUAUCUUGAUAUUUUAUAAAUAUAUAUUUAUAUAAAUUUGACAUAAUUAAAAUUACAAUUUAAAAUUUAUCAAAGACAAUCAACCCAUCAUGGUAUCAUUUUUCUUAAGUCUUUAUACAAUUUGACAAGGAUUUGGUUUAAGACUUUAAUUUCAGAUGAUUUUUAGCAUCUUGAAAAUCUCACGUCAUUCUUCAAUUUCAGCUGGGGUGAGUCACCAUUAGAGCAAGCAAUAAAACUCCACAGUAAUCGAGCCAGCCUCACACUUAUUCACUGGGGCUGUAAGCUCAUUCGUAAACCAAGGCUUCCUUCUUACUUCUACCUGGCCGUCAACGAGAAACAGUGGGACGUUGCCCAGCUUCUUAUCAACAUCAAUCCUAAGUACCUCCAAGAAAAGUGGCUGAGACAAAGUAAGUGGCCCGUGUCUGUUUAUUAUGAGCAAGACAUGAGGCACCAUCUGCUUGAAAUGUCUAAUAAAGUCUGGACUCUAAAAGAGCUCUGCAGGUCAAAGGUCUUCAUGUGUGUAGGCAAAUAUGCACCCAUUAAAAUUACCCAGCUGCCCAUUCCAGAAAGUGUCAAGGAAUAUGUAAUGUUCAAUGAAUUUAUAAAAGAAAGUUUUUAUGAGAAAAAGCCUCUAGAUUUUAUAGCUUGUCCAUAUGAAUGUCCAACAUUUUGUUCUCAGUGGAACUGUUCACCUUUGGAUAUUACAGUUUCAUCAGAUUCAGAUGUAUGUGAAACUGGUUUGUAAAUUAAAACAGUAAUACAAGGACUAUCUUGUUUCUAAUUAUUAUUAUAUAUAUUUUUUAAAACUGAAGAACAUAUUUUGGUAUCAAGGACUUUAGGAUCAGAUAAUUGUUUUAAGUACAAUGAAGAUAACAUUACGAUUAAAAAAAGUCCUUGAUGAUUCAUUAGCAUGUACUGCAAUUUUAUAAAUCCUGCAAUUUUAUACUGUAAUUUUAUAAAUAUUGUAAUUUUAUAAAUAUUUCAAUUUUAUACUGUAAUUUUAUAAAUAUUGUAAUUUUAUAAAUAUUGCAAUUUUAUAAAUUAUUGUAAUUUUUAAAGUACUGUAAUUUUAUAAAUAUUGCAAAUUUAUAAAUAAAAUUUGAUAAAUACUGCAACUUUAUAAAUACCCGGUACUGCAAUUAUAUACAUACUGCAAUUAAAUAAAUGCCUUCAUUAGAAAUCCUUAAGAAUUCAGCGAUACAUAAAGUAUAGUUAAAUUUUUUACAGUUCUUGUCUGUUGACAAAGUCUUAAAAUCUUUUUUUCUGACUUUUUAAAAAUGUAAAUUAAUUCUGAUCCCCCAGUCACCAUCUUUACAUAAAAAAGUCCAGUCUCUGUGUGUUGGAGUUACCUCAUAGUCAUAGUUAGAGCAACUGAUAUGAGGAGUUCAGAGACACU